AUCACUUCGUAGUUGUUAUGGCUAUGUCUGUUGUGUUUUUCAAAACGUGAACAGCGAAUUUUGUUUAGAGCUCGAACAGAAAUGAGUUUUUCUGAGAAUCCGAAUUCUCAAAGUGAACAAAAUCAUGAGGAAUUUAAAACGCUACCUGACGAAAGUCUCGGAACGGUUGAACAACAUGGUAUUUUGAAUGAUAACUCACGUAGAAAUGAAGUGGAUGUUGAAACUGAACAAAAUGAUUUAAUUGUUCUUGAUCCAGAUCACCCGUUGAUGAGGCGUUUUCAAGAGUCUCUGAGAAGCAUGCUCACCAAACAUAUUGACAAUACGGAGAUUCACCUGAGGGAGAAAGACGAAGAAAUGAAAAGAGAAAAGACAGCUCACAUUGAAGUUGGUUGCGUUCUGUAUAACCUUCAACAGGAACUUGCAAAGUUUCAGUUAAACUUAGAUAACAAACAUAAUGAAUAUGCGGAAUAUCAUGGAAGGUAUGAAAAUGCUCAGAAUAAGCUCACAACUCUCCGAGAAAUGUACCAAACGUCUGUUAAAACAAUGUUGCAAGAGACUAAAAAAAUGCAUUCUAUGCGUGAUGAAGUUGAUGCAUUAUGUUUGCGAUUAUACUACUUAAAUAAAGCUAAGGAAGACGUUGGUGGAGAUUUGCUGGUAUUGCAAAGGGCAGUUGAAAAAGUUCACACUGAUUUAAGCAAGUUUGAAGAUGAGAAACUCCGACAAGACCUUUCGGUUGAUCGUAUGCAAACUAAAGUUGACCAACUAAAAGAUGAUAUUAACUUAUAUGAAGCUCAAAUAGUAGCUCAAGAAAUUGAAAUGAAUACAAGUCAAAAUCUUUUGUACGAGGCUGAGGCACAAAUAGUUGCUAUAAAUGUUGACAAAGCGCAUUUACUUACUCAGUGGAAAACCAGUUUGCUUGGCUUACAACGUAGAAAUGAAGCAUAUGCAGAUUUAUUAGCAGCUUACAAUAAGCUGAAAGAAGAAUUACUUGUUUUAGAAAAUGAACAAAAUGCAUAUAAGCUUUCAAUUAACAAAGAACAAGAAACACAUGAACGGUUGACAGGACUACAAAAUAAAAAUGAAUCAGACUUGAAUACUUUGCGUAAACAGUUGUUACAUUCAGAAACAAAACUUGAGGCUGAUAAACAAGCUUACACAACAUAUUCAAGAAUCUUACUGGAAACUGAACGUAAUCUUUUCAAUGCUAAAACAGAGAACAAUACUGCUCAAGCAAAUGUAAACAAUAUCCGCAAACAACUUGAGAAGAAGGUAUUAGAGAAACAAGAUUUAGAGAAAAAAAUCUCCGAAGAAUUGAGAGAUCGGUUGACCGCGCAAAAAGCUGCUAAUUAUGCUAACAAAAUCAAUAUAAACGUACAAGAUCAAAGUAGAGAAUUACUAACACAAAUUGUACAAAUGGAAAAUCAGAUUGCUAAAGACGAGUUAGGCGUAGCACAUAAAAAGGCCAGGAAUAAGCAACAACAAGAAAAAGUUAGUGAAUUAGAACGAGAAAUCGAUAACACAAAUCUAUUGAUCACUAAGCUGGAAGGUGAAAUACAUCAUGCUAAUAUUUCAGUCGAACGUAAACAAGGGAACAUUGAUAUAUUAAAUAAGAAAUUGGAACGUUUAAUUCGUGACUGCGGUGGUCAAGAAAUUGGGCCGUUGGAUGCACAAGUAAACAAUUUAAAUAAAGCUAUUGGACUAAAGCAGGAUGAGAUCGGUGAACUUGAACAACAAUGGUUAAGAGAACAGAAUGAAUUAGUUGUAAAUAUAAAUGAACGUGAUAAAUUAGCUGAGUCUGUGACUAGAAUAAAUAAACAAUUAUCAAUUUUAACACAGAAGAAAUUACGCAUUGAUAAUGAAAUCGCUAUUCAGGGACGUGAGAAAAAUGAUUUAAAAAAAGAACUAAAACAUUUACAGAACGAUAUCACUAGAAUAAACACAAUGAUAGCAAAAGAGAAGACAACCGAAGAAUGUUUGGAUAAUGAAAAUAAACUAACUGAAAUAGACUUUAUACGUUCAUUGAAAGAAAAAGAAACAGAAGCAGCUAAUUUGCAAGAAAAAGUGGAUAAAGCUUUAAAAGAUAAAGAAGACUUAUUAAGUGAAUUAGUCGAAGUUGAACGGACAAUUAUGCUGUGGGAAAAGAAAAUACAAUUAUGUGAAGAAACUAAAAAAUCCGUUGAUUGUGAUAUAGGUCAAGGUGAAAUGAAUGUUAUGCGUCAUGAAAUUCAUCGUAUGGAAAUUCGUAAAUCCUCAUUACUUCAGCAACAAGAUAGAUUAAUUCAGGCACUUGAACGUUCUGUAUCAAAGAAAUAAAAAAAAUUAUAAAUUGAUUUCAAAUGAAAAGUUUGAAAUGGAUAUUUAGUAUCAAUUAAAUAUGUCAGUCGUAGUCAGAUAAGAAUUAAUACCUUCCGUAAUUUUAUGACCUACUUAAGUAAACGAAGUAUGUCAUUUGUUCAUUAGGUAGAUACAUUCUGACUGGUAGACACUUUCAAUUGACAGUUGAAUACCUACGUUUUUUAAAUAUAAAUUUUUUUCAGGUGUUGAUAAUGCUGACUAAUUUUGUUCGUUUAGAUAACUUUUCAUAGCAUUAACAUAAAUAAUUUUCUACUUAUAAUAUCUGCACGAAUUUUACAAUGUUCACAAAAAAGUUAUGAAUUCAAGCUGUUUUGGUGAUUAUUUUCAUAGUGUACUGAACUAAAAAUUUUAGGUAUCACAAUAGUCAUUUAAGUGUUACAAGGAAAAGGGUCAUAACACAUCAUCACAAUAUGCAAUCAAGAACAAAAGCCUUCAUACCUAUGAACGAACAAGAAGCAAAUUAAAGGAAGUAGUAACGAACAAAAACGAUCUCAGUUUGCCUUUCCUACCUCUCCUCAAUAUCUUGGCAAUUACAGUUUUCCAAAUACAUAAUAUACUGUCUGCUUCCAUUUAUAACUGUUAGAUUAGUAGUUUAAGCAAUACGUAGAACUGUGUGGCGGUCGUAAUAUGAAAUAAUAAAUAAAAAUUGAUUGAACUAAGAAAUUUACUAGUGACUGAAAGCAAGUGAAACUUGGUUAAUAGAGGUCAAGAGAUAUCAUUUUUUAACCAAUGAAGAGAUUUUACUUUGCAUUCUACUGUCUAACUUUAUCGAAAAUAGCUCAUCCAGUGAAUAACACUAGGAAAUGUAUUUGCAUGAUAUAUUGCUCUUCCCUAAAUAACAGUCAUCUGUUGUAACGUGCGGGACUGCAGGUUAUGAUACGCAGCGUUAUAUCGAUCGAUCACAGUGACACGUAAAACACGUAGUGGACGACCUAGUGUCCCGAUUGGCCCUGCUUCGCUG